GAGUAGCAGCCCUGAGAAGGCCCCCAGGUCUACCUGUCCCCACCAAGGGUGAUCUAGGCUGGAGCCACCAUGUUCUCUAGGAAAAAACGAGAGUUGAUGAAAACCCCUUCUAUCUCCAAAAAGAACCGGGCAGGAAGCCCCAGCCCGCAGCCCUCCUCAGGGGAGCUGCCCAAAAAAGAAGGGACAGAAGCCACGUUCUUGGGAGCAAGCCUCGAGCCACCAGCCACGUCCCUGGCCACAGGCACCAAGGCCACAGGCACCCUCAAAAGGCCCACCAGUCUGAGCCGCCAUGCCAGCGCGGCUGGCUUCCCACUCUCGGGUGCUGCCACCUGGACCCUAGGCCGGGGCUACCGAAGUCCCCUGACAGCAGCCAGCCCCGCAGAGCAGACCAAUGAGGGACUUUUCCCCGAUGGUGUGGAGGACAUCUCGGCCCUGCUGGCUGAUGUGGCUCGCUUCGCAGAGGGCUUGGAAAAACUGAAGGACUGCGUGUUGCACGAUGAGCUCCUGGAGGCCCGCCGGCCACUGGCCCACGAGUGCCUGGGUGAGGCCCUGCGGGUCAUGCGCCAGGUCAUCUCCAAGUACCCGCUGCUGAACACUGUGGAGACCCUCACGGCUGCAGGCACCCUCAUUGCCAAGGUCAAAGCCUUUCACUAUGAGUGCAACAAUCAGUCUGACAAGAGGGAGUUCGAGAAGGCGCUGGAGACCAUUGCUGUAUCAUUCAGCUGCACGGUGUCAGAAUUCCUCUUGGGUGAGGUGGACAGCAGCACCUUACUAGCCGUGCCUCCCGGGGACCCCAGCCAGUCUAUGGAGAACCUGUAUGGACCCGGGAGUGAGGGCCCCCCGCCCAGCGUGGAAGAGUGUGAGGAAGACUGUCUGCCCCCGGAAGAGGUGGACAUGCUUCUUCAACGCUGCGAGGGGGGCGUGGACGCCGCGCUGCAGUACGCCAAGAACAUGUCUAAAUACAUGAAGGACCUCAUCAGCUACCUGGAGAAGCGGACCACACUGGAAAUGGAAUUCGCCAAAGGGUUGCAGAAAGUGGUUCAUAACUGCAGACAGAGCGUCACACACGAGCCUCACAUGCCCCUCCUGUCCAUCUAUUCUCUGGCUCUGGAACAAGAUUUAGAGUUCGGCCAUGGCAUGGUACAGGCGGCAGGCACGUUGCAAACACAGACCUUCAUGCAGCCGCUGACCCAGCGAAGGAUGGAGCAUGAACGGCGCAGGAAAGAGAUCAAGGAAUCGUGGCACCGUGCCCAGAGGAAACUGCAAGAGGCAGAGGCCAACCUGCGCAAGGCCAAGCAGGGCUAUGUGCAACGCUGUGAGGACCUUAACAAGGCAAGGUACCAGGUGGCCAAGGCGGAGGAAGAGCAGCAGAGCGCUGGGCCAGGGGCUGGAGGGGCCGCUUCCAAGACGCUGGACAAGAGGCGGAGGCUGGAGGAGGAGACCAAGAACAAGGCCGAGGAGGCCAUGGCCACCUAUCGCACAUGCGUGGCAGAUGCGAAGACACAGAAGCAGGAGCUGGAGGACACGAAGGUGACAGCGCUGCGGCAGAUCCAGGAGGUGAUCCGACAGAGCGACCAGACCAUCAAGUCGGCCACCAUCUCCUACUACCAGCUGAUGCACAUGCAGACUGCACCGCUGCCGGUGCACUUCCAGAUGCUGUGCGAGAGCAGCAAGCUGUACGACCCCGGCCAGCAAUACGCAUCGCACGUGCGCCAGUUGCAGCGUGGUGAGGAGCCAGACGUGCGCUAUGACUUCGAGCCUCAUGUCUCCGCCAACGCCUGGUCCCCCAUCAUGCGUGCACGGAAGAGCAGCUUCAACGUUGGGGACACGGGGGGCACAGAGGCUGCUGGCAGUCCUCCCAACGAAGAUGGUGCCCCAGAGGGGGUGCCCUUCAAGGAGCAACGGGGUGGACGGGGUCACCAGGUACAUAAGUCCUGGCCUAUCUCCAUCUCAGACACCGAGGGCGGCCUGGAUGCCAGCUCAGGGGACUUUAAGAAAUUUGAUCGCACUUCGUCCAGUGGGACCAUGUCGUCCAGUGAGGAGCUGGUGGACCAGGAAACAGACGCAGUGGCCACCGCUUUUGAGUCAGCUGACCUCAAUGGUAUGGACCCUGGGUUAACGGUGGCUGUUCCCAGCGGGCCCUUCCGCCAUGUGGGACUGUCCAAGGCCGCCCGCACACACCGGCUUAGGAAGCUGCGCUCACCGGCCAAGUGCAGAGAAUGUAACAGCUAUGUGUAUUUCCAGGGCGCAGAGUGUGAGGAGUGCUGCCUGGCAUGUCACAAGAAAUGUCUGGAGACUUUGGCCAUCCAGUGCGGCCACAAGAAGCUGCAGGGCCGCCUGCAGCUGUUUGGACAGGACUUCAGCCAGGCAGCCCAAGGCGCUCCCGACGGCGUGCCCUUCAUAGUCAAGAAAUGUGUCUGUGAGAUCGAGCGCAGGGCACUGCACACCAAGGGCAUCUACCGGGUCAAUGGAGUGAAGACACGGGUGGAGAAGUUGUGCCAGGCCUUCGAGAAUGGCAAGGAGCUGGUGGAGCUGUCCCAGGCGUCACCACAUGACAUCAGCAACGUCCUGAAGCUAUACCUGCGGCAGCUGCCUGAGCCCCUCAUCUCCUUCCGCCUGUACCAUGAGCUGGUGGGACUGGCCAAGGACAGUCUGAAGGCCGAGGCGGAGGCCAAAGCUGCAUCCCGGGGUCGGCAGAAUGGGUCAGAGAGCGAGGCUGCAGCUUUGGCCAUGGUGGGCCGCCUGCGUGAGCUGAUGCAAGACCUGCCGGCUGAGAACCGGGCCACCCUGCAGCACCUACUGAGACAUCUGCGAAGGAUUAUAGAGGUAGAGCAAGACAACAAGAUGACCCCCGGGAAUCUGGGCAUCGUGUUCGGGCCGACGCUGCUCCGGCCCAGGCCCACCGAGGCCACUGUAUCCCUUUCCUCCCUGGUGGACUACCCACACCAAGCCCGAGUCAUCGAGACCCUCAUAGUCCACUAUGGCCUGAUCUUUGAGGAGGAGCUGGAGGAAGUUCCUGGGGGCCAGAUGGAAAAUGAAGUUGGGGGCAGGCUGGCACCAACUGGUCACCAGCCCUCUUCACUGCUGCAGUACGGGUCAUCCCCCCAGUGUGCUGACAUGGCUGAGGGUGCAGCCUUUGCUCUGCAGGAGGAGGCAGAGGAUGGAAGUCAAGAAUACCGAGUGGUGUCCAAUGACUCGGACUCAGAGCUGGAGGAGGCGUCAGACCCCCUGUUAUCGUCAGAUGCCAGCGCACUGCAGCGGCUCAGUUUCCUAGAGGCUGAGGCUGGCCAGGAUGAAGGUCCCCAGAGCCGCAGCAGCAGCCAGGAGCAGCUGGGAGAGGAUGGGGACCUAGGCCAGCAGCUCUGCACCUUCAACACCAACCAGUCCAACAGCACAGUGCAGGCCCCACUGUCCACCAUGCAGCUGCGUGGUGGACAGAUUGCAGGUGGAACUGAUUGAGAGCGGCAGCCACAGUUUGUCUGAGCCAAGAGGUGGCAGGGACUAUGAGUCCAUCAGUGACCACACUCAGGGCCAUUAAGGGCCACUGACUUGGUUGUUAGGUCCCAGGCCACACAUCUGCAAGGGUCAUGAGGGCUGACUCCUUGUAGAAAUUUCUGGUGCCUGAGGGGCUGGUGGCACUGUGGGGUGUACCCUGUGCCCUGCAACUAAACAUGGCUCCCAGGUAGCCAGUGUGGGCAGAGCAGCCUGGUCCUUAUGAACCACCCCGAGAGAAUGGGGGAUACAUGUCUCUCUGGAUGGAUAGAGACCUUUCAGGGCACUAUACAGUUGGGGUGCAGGCCUAACUUGGGGUACACAGCUAGGUCUGGCUUCAGGAUCCUUGUAGAAGGCUGGGUAUAGACAGUGGGCACUCACAGGGCAUAGUGGAUGUGAUUUUUGACACACCUUUUUUUUUUUUUGUCUUUUGAGACAGGGUCUCCCUGUAGCCCCAGCUGUCCUGGAACUCACUAUAUAGACCAGGCUGGCCUCGAACUCACAAAGAUCCGCCUGCCUCUGCCUCCCAAGUGCUAGGAUUAAAGGUGUGUGCCACCACGCCCAGCUUACACACACCUGUUUUGCUUAAAAUAAAUCUAACUAAGCAAGCCCUA